GUCAGUGGCUGCCGCCGGAGUGCUGCAAGCCCACUGCAACAUUACUCCAUCUGAUGCUAUUUAUAACAGCGUGAUCUUACCCGGACUGAUAUCACCUAUCUCGGGCUCUUCGGUGCACUGCAGAACCAAACAAACACAUAAAUAAAUGCGCAACCAAAACCGCGUCCGUGUGAAGCCGUUCGCUUCAACAAACUGCCGUUUGGUUACACGGCUUUAUCUGCUUUUCGGGAUCGAAGCCAUUCACAAAACCGUGUACUGCUCUCUCCCUCUCUCUCUCCCUCUCUCUCUAGCUGUAGAGCACCCCUCCCCCAACCUCUGGCGAAACAGGAACAACUUCUUUGAGAGAGAGAGAGAAAAAAAGGCUGCACAAGUUCGGGACGUCUUGGAGCAGCCAUGUAGCCCUGCUUGAUUUUCUAGUCAGGAGCUGAGAUUUUGAGCCGCACUCCGCUGGACUGAGGCUGGCCUUUGUUGCCGAGAAACGCCGCGCGACCAGCUUCUUCUUCUCUCUGUGUUUUUUUUUGUCCUUUGGGGGGCAAAUAAAACGGGUUACUUACCCCGAGGAUUAUAGCUGCGCUGGGAAGGAGGGCUCUCGGUUGUGGAAUACUUUUACCCCCUUUUUCUUCCUGCAGAGAAUGUAACUGACUAGCGUUCACGGAGCACCUCGUUUACUGAACUUUUUGCCCUUUGUUGUUGUUGUUGUUUUUGUUUGUGUUUAUUUUUAUGGACGGAACCCAUUCGGAAUGGAAAGACUUUUAUGUGGAGUUAGUUUACUGUUUACACGGUUUGCGUAUGGAUUUUUUUAUCGUGUCUUGAGACAGAACCCGUAGCCAACGCUUCGAAACAGCCCCCUCUGGACCCUUAUUCCCUCAAACACACUCUUGCGUACUGGUGUAAUCUACAGGAGUAAAGGCGCGCCUAUACAUACGAGCAUACGUACACGCGCACACAGACUGUAAGAGGAUCUAACUCUUCAGAUGAGGAGGAGCCGGAGAUUCUGAGAGACCUCAGGGUCAUUCAAGGUUUUUAGCGUGGUGUCCUGUUGCAGUGCAGAAACAGUCAUGGCCACGGCUAUAUCGUGACACACAGGGACAUGUGUGGCCAGGGGCUGUGAGGGCUCCGCGGGGAGACUCCAGGCACGCCCGCACGGAGAAUGCUGGAGGUGCAGGAGGAGAGACCAGCAGCAGCAGGAGCAGCGACGGGUACGGGAACGGCCAGCGGAACGGCUUCCGGCGCCACGGCCAGGAAGGAACGAGCCAAAGAACGGCAGGAGGAGGGCCAGGACUGCAGCGGCCCCGCGGCAGCAGCCACCACCACUGGGCCUCGCAGCGCCCGGGCCAAGGCCACACCCACUGCGGCGCCACCUCUGCCCACACACGCCCACUCACACACACACUCACACACACUCACACCCAGCCCUCACCAGCACACUACUGCUUCAGCCUCGGUAGCUCUGGGACUGUCGUCAAUGCAUUCCAGCAACCCCAAAGUGAGAAACUCUCCGUCAGCUAACACUCAGAGCAGUCCAAAAUCCAAGCAGGAGGCCAUGGUGCGCUCACCACCCGUGAUGUCUCCCUCCAGCGCUGCCCAGAUGGACUCCAAACUGCCCAAUCAGGGAAAACAAGGGGGCGCCAGCAGCCAAUCGCAGCCAUCUCCCUGUGACCCCAAGGCCCUGAGUGGAAGCCACACGCCCAAAGGCCCUCAGGGCUCUGUGGGUGGCAUGGGACUCAAAAAUGGACAAGGCCUGAACUCUGGCAAUGGGGCAAAAAGCAAGAUCAAGAGAGAGAGAAGCACUUCGGUUGAGUCCUUUGAGCAGAGGGAUACAGGAACACCUAACAACGAGGGGGACCAGAAAGAGCUGGGCAGUAGGGCAAAGAGGUUAUGUGUUGCUGAACGACGGCAGCCCUACAGUGGAGCUGACUGGUGUUCAGGGGGAGAGAGUGAUGAGGACGACCCAGGAUUCUUCAACUGUAACUCCAGUGACAUAAAGCCAGAUCCAAGCACCCUCUCAGCCUCCACACCUACCCACAAUGCUGUUGGAGGACAGAACACAGCAUCAGACUUAGGCAGCAGUCAGAAACCUGGGUCAAAGGUUGUUUAUGUCUUCACCACAGAGAUGGCAAACAAGGCGGCAGAGGCAGUGAUAACGGGCCAUGCCGAAAAUAUUAUAACUUAUCACAUGAACAAUAUCUCCAACGGCAAGGGUGGCAAGCCACAACUCCCCUUGAACAAUCAGCUCGGACCCCAUCGGAAUGACCCCAAACAGCAGGGCGCACCAUCCCAACAACAGCAGUCAUCUCACCCUUCUGAACAGAACCACCAAGCAGCCUCCAAAGCAACGCAGCCAGGCCAACCGCAGCAGCAGCCUCCAGCGCAACCAGUUCAACCUCAGCAGCCAGCCCAAGGGGCUAAACCAGCCAACCUUCCUCAGGAUGGCCCAGCAUCAGGGGGCAUGGACUCGAAGAGCCUCCCCAGCAGCAGCCCCCAGGAUGGUGCUGGGUCACAUGAUGGUAGUAAUCUUGCAGGGACACCUGGUAGCCAGGCUCCCAACCAGCCUCCCACUGCUGGCCCUCCGCAGGGCUUCCCUUCCCUUGACCUGCCCAAAGGAGCAGAUGUUAAGCUAACAGCCCAGCACCAGCAACAGCUAGCUCAUGAGAUCAUGUCCAGCAUGGGGGACAACCCUGAGGGUCUCUCUCAGGAGCAGUUGGAGCACCGGGAACGUUCCCUACAGACUUUGCGCGAUAUACAACGUAUGCUGUUCCCUGAUGACAAAGACAUGGCUGCCAUGGGGCAAGGGAACAUGGGCGGGCCCCCACCCAAUGCUGCCAUGAUGGAGGGUGGGCCCAAGAAGCCUGAACAAGGGCCACUUCAGGCUAUGAUAGCCCAGUCCCAGAGUCUAGGGAAAACUGGUGGUCCUGGGGGUCCACGCCCGGAUGGACCUCCUUUUGGGCCCCCAGGACCCAGGGACAUGCCAUUCUCACCUGAUGAGCUUGGACCUCCUCCACAAGGUCCGGGACCCAUGAAUUCUCAUCCAGGACCUGGUGGAGAGCAUGGUGACCACAUGACACCAGAGCAGAUGGCGUGGUUGAAGUUACAGCAGGAGUUCUAUGAAGAGAAGAAGCGCAAGCAGGAACAAAUGCAGCACAGACCAAUGGGAGAUAUGAUGAUCCACCAGGGUGGCCCAAGAGCUAUGAUGCGAGGGCCACCGCCUCCCUACCAAAUGAAUCCUGGUGAAAUGUGGGGUCCGGGUGGUCCAGAGCCAUUCCCUGAGCAGAUGAACAUGGGUCCCAGAGGAAUGCACCCACAUAUGCAGAGAAUGCCAGGUUUCUCUGGAAUGAUUAACCCAGAUAUGGAGGGAGGGCCUAAUGCAAUGCCUAGGCCUGGCAUGACCUGGCCUGAUGAUAUGCCCAAGAUGGGGGAUGGAAGGGGGUUCCCAUCAGGUCAAGGGAUGUUCGGAGGUCCUGGAGGGCGAGUGGAGAGGUUCCCCAACCCUCAGUCUGUACAGGAAGCAAUGUUUCAUCAAGGCAUGGGUGAUAAGCAAGGUAUGGGUCUACCGGCAGGUAUGAUGAUGGAGAUGAACAGGAUGAUGGGGACUCAAAGGCCCAUGGAGCCUGGGAAUGGGGGUGGCAUGAUGUUUCCCAGAAUACCAGGUGAAGGUCCCAUGAGCCCCUCUUCAAGAAUGGAGUUUGUAAAAGGGCUGGGGCGUGACAUGGGUGAGUUCAGCAUGGGACCUGGCAACCUCAAUGUUAAUAUGGGGCCCAGUCCUCAGAUGAUGCCUUCCAAGAUGAGAGAGCCACCAAUGAACAUGAGUCCAGAGGAGAUAAUGAAGAUGAGGCAAGGUGGAGGUCCCAUUCCUGAGAAUAUGGGCCCACAGCAGAAGAUGAUGCAGGGUCCUCCUUUUCCUGACCAGCCUCACCCAGGUGACUUCAACAUGGGACCCAACCGACAGUUUCCAGGCAUGGGUCCUCAAGGACCUGGAAAUCAAAGAGUCCCCAGAGGUGAACCACCCUUUCCCCCUGAUCAGCGAGGAGGCAGUGUGGGUGGAAACGGUCGUCUCAGCCACAUUCCACCUUUACCUCCGAAUCAACCUCCAAACAACUCAGGUCCUCCACCCAACCAGAGGAACAUGGGUCGCAAGCCUUCCGACCUGAGUGUCCAGUCCGGCCCGGCAAAUUCGCCCAAUGUCAACCCACUCAAGUCUCCGACGCUGCGGCAGGUUCAGUCGCCCAUGUUAGGCUCUCCCUCGGGUAACUUAAAGUCUCCACAGACACCUUCCCAGCUGGCUGGCAUGCUCAGUGGGCCUUCAGCGGCAGCGGCUGCUGCAGCAGCUGCAGCUGCUUCAAUCAAGUCUCCUCCAAUGAUGGGCUCAGCAGGGGCAUCACCCGUCCAUAUGAAGUCGCCUUCUCUUCCUGCCCCUUCCCCUAGUUGGACUUCAUCGCCCAAGCCGCCCAUGCAGAGUCCAGGGAUCCCCCAAAAUAACAAACCUCCGCUCAGCAUGACCUCGCCAAAUAUGAUGGGCAAUGUGGAGCAAGGUGGAAGUGCUCCUCCUUCCGUUCCUCCUUCCAGUAAUUCUGCCAGCCAGCCCAGCUCUAUCAAUGUUCCUGGAAGUCUUCCGUCCAGCAGUCCUUAUACUAUGCCGCCAGAACCAACGCUAUCCCAGAACCCUCUCUCUAUCAUGAUGUCACGCAUGUCCAAGUUUGCCAUGCCUAGCUCCACACCCCUAUACCACGAUGCCAUUAAAACUGUGGCCAGCUCAGAUGAUGACUCGCCACCUGCGCGAUCACCAAACCUGCCAUCAAUGAACAGUAAUAAUCCUGGUAUGGGAGUGAACCAUCACCAAGGCCAUCCGCGUAUGAUGACCCCCAACUCCUCUGGCCCCAUGCCUUCGCUCAGCCCCAUGGGCAUGAACGCUAUGGGCUCCCAGCCUCUUUCCCAUGGUAUUCCCAAUCAGAUGCCCUCACCCAAUCCUAUGGGUCCUAACAUGCCUCCUCACUCUGGGCCCAUGGGUCCUGGUAUGAUGUCCCAUGGCAUGAUGAUGCCUCCUGUCUCCCAGGAUCCAAGCAUGGGCAACAGCCAGAUGAUGCCCCAAGGUCGCAUGGUUCUCCCUCACCGAGGACAGGGCUUCCCCCCUGGGCAGUCUCCACCUCAGCAGGUGCCCUUCCCUCACAACGGACCUGGGCCCCAGGGUGGCUUUGCACAUGGGAUGGGCUUCCAGGGAGAGGGUGGCCCAAUAGGAAGGAUGGGGAACAUGCCCCAUGGGCCUGGCGGAGAACCAGGAAUGUGUAAGCCCAACACGCCCGGGGGCCAGGAAUUCAACAGCAUGCCUGGCGUCUUCAAUGACUCGGAUCUACAUGAGGUGAUGCGACCAGGUGCCUCAGGCAUUCCUGAAUUUGACCUCUCUCGCAUCAUCCCUUCUGAGAAGCCCAGCCAGACUCUGUCUUACUUCCCUCGUGGCGGUGAGGCGCCAGGUGGCAAGCCACCUCACUCCGGUCCGCCUGGUUUCCCCCCCAUGCAGGGGAUGAUGGGGGAGGGCAACCCAAGGAUGGGCCUUCCCAUGCAGGGCAUGGGUGGCCCACCAGGCCCUGGCCACAUGGGUCCCCAGGACAUGCCCAUGGGUAAUCCCGGACACAACCCCAUGCGACCGCCAGGCUUCAUGGGCCAGGGCAUGAUGGGGCCUCAGCACAGGAUGUUGUCACCAAGCCAACAGCCUGGCAUGAUGGGAGGCCCAGGAAUGAUGCAGGGCAAAGAACGGCCAAUGUACAACCAUCCUGGCCCUGUGGGCUCCCCCAACAUGAUGAUGUCACUACAAGGGAUGGGUGGCCCUCAGCAGACUAUGAUGAUGACUUCUCAGAUGAGGCCUCGGAUGGCAGCAGACAUGGCAGGGAUGGGCUUUAACCCAGGCCCAGGGAACCCUGGGAUGAUGUUCUGAGCUGCUACACGGAAAUGACGAGCCUCCGCCACAAAAUAACAAACAAUCCGGAUACUGCAAAACCUGUGAAAAUUAGGCUUUUUUUAUAAAUAGAAACAAAACGAGAGCUAUGUGUGGAUGUGUUCUUGUAGGACAAUGUGUGGGAACUAGGACACUUGUUGCUUGAACACACCUGGGUAGGAUAAGGCUGAUGUGCUUAUACAUACAUACACACAUGGACAUCUGGAUGUAUACAGUGGGAUUCCUCACCCUUAAGAAUGGACGUCAUUUUUGCAGGUGGAGUGCUACAAGGGGACUUACUAUGGCUGCACACUACAGUUAUGUGCCCUCCUCUCCAUUUAGUCCAGUUUUGGCUCUGUUUGGAACAUCAGGAAUGUAUUUGGAUUCAGAGAAAUAGACUCAGAGUAAGGUCCUCUUAACCCAAUACUAUGUGGCCAUAAUAAAUUUUUGUGUGGCCACAUAUAAAGCCAACAGCAAACCAAGUAAAAGGAUGACCUGAAAGUAGCAGUUUAUUGUACUUUUAUAUAAAACAAAAAAAAAUCAAAAGGAGGGAGAUAACUGAGCAAAAAUGGUUGGAGAAAAAACACAAACUGAAUGGACAGUCAUGGAAACAAAUGAAAAAAAAGUCAAGGAACAUUUUGUCACAAGUUGCACCGUCUUGGCUGUAUGUUUACAUCUCAUCGCAUCACUUCCCUCCAAGUCAAGAAAUGCUCUUUGUAUGUGUGUACUGUACUUGUGUUGUUAAAGGGAUUUUACCAGUGACUUCUAUAGGUUUUUUUUCCAUCUUCAUUUGUAAAGGGGGAGGGUUGGGGUGGCUGUUGGUCAAUACGGUGCGGCAAAACAACACCACAAAAAUACUGUGUACCGUGGGGGCGAACAGAAUAUUUUAAAUUGAAUUUCCUUUGCUACUCCCGUGUAUGAUAAAACCAAACUAAGACCUCAUACAGAUCAUAGUAUUAUUAAAAAACAAGCACAAACAAGAAUUAACUGUAAAGAAUAAGAAGUGUUUUUUUUUUUUUUUUUUUUUUGUUUUUUUUCUUUAUUCUUUUUUUAUUGUAGAGAAAAACACUUUGACAACAGUCAGUAGGAGCAGUAAUCUGAUGUACGCUGUCAGCGUCGUUUCUGGCUCAUGUUCCAGAUUUUUCUGUAAGCUGGACAGGGGUACAGGUGAGAGGAGAGGACUGCAGAUCCCAAUGAACCACGAUGCAGAAGCACCAUGAUGUAAACUGCCAGAGUCGGGGUGACCCUCGAAGGCCGUGAACAUAAUGCCCUGUUGGUGGGCAUCUGGGAAAAAGCUGAGGGUAAUAGUUAAAUCAGUCGUUGAAAUUACUAUAGCCGACGGCUAUGCAGUGCAGCGCUGAGUUACUGAUGGGUGGCAUUUUUUUUUUUUUUUUUUUUGUAGAAAACAAAUGAAAAACAACAGAAAAAGGUGAUAGGUUGUCCUCAUGUCCCCAGCCCUCCUGUGUUGAUGCUUGUCAUGUGUAACUCCAUUGAAUUUGGUACUGAACCACUUCCUAAGGCUGGGCUGUGGUGUUGGAAGACAAAUAAAAUAUAUUGUUUGGUAUAAAGUG